GUCUUUGAAAUCCGACUCCUUUUAAACAACAAUCACCCAAUCAGACAUUAUGAAGUUAUUUGUUGUUAUCUACGUAAUCUCCAUUGCUUUAGUUGGAGCGAGAAGUGUUCCCCAACCUGAACAAGAUUCCAAACUUUCUCAAAUCAGAAACCGCUCUUUGAAAUUGGAAAGCAGGGAUGGUCUUUUACCCUUCCUUCCGGUCGGCGCUCUCGUACCUACUGUUCUCAAUGUUGCACCCGUCAAAUCACUCACUGGCAAUGUGGGUGAUCUCGUCGGUGCAGGCGAUACAGGAAGCAAACCCAGUUCUGGCCUAUUGAAAGUCAGACGUGCUGCAAAAUGAAAGAUAGUGACCUAUAUUUCUUUACGAGAGUUGUAGAAAUCUACCUGGUUUUCAUUCUAUCAACUUUCUUUUGAUCCCAAUAUCUUUCAUAUUCAAACUUUCCAACCUUGUCUUUGUUGUCUGUGGGCUUUGAAGAUUCAUUUGUUUGUUAUCAGGCCUCUUUAUGCAUUCAUUCUUAUAAUCAUUUAAUAUAUCCAUUCAUUCACUCUUAUUUGUUGUCAGCAAUUGGUUGAAGAAUGCCCAGCGUGGUAUGCAAUAGCAUCUUCCCAUUCAGAACAUGACAAAGAUUUACACACUUCAUUCAUUCAUCUUUUAGGAAUGGAUAUAUGUCAAUGGCACAUGUCAUUCUUGGCAAUGGU